CCCUCCUGCUCCAGCCUGCCCGCCCCGCGCCCUUCCACCAUGGCCGCCUGUGUGUGGUGCGGGCCGAAACUGGUGCUCCGUGUCUUCCCGUAGCGCUACCGCCUCAUCCUCAUCCUCAUCCCCCGGGGGGGGGGCGGGUGGUCAGAGACACAGGGGCCGCGGUUCUCCCCUCAUCACCACCACCCCCGCCUCGGGGCGCCAGCCGGGAAGGACUCCUUCCCCUCCACGGUGCAGUGGGAGAAACUUACGGGUUUUUGUUGCCUUCCCCCCCCCCCUUCUUGCUAAGCCUGGAAACUAAAAAAAGAAAAAACAAGAGGCGGUGGUGGGGGGAAAGGCUUGCUGGACUCCCCCCUCCUCAGUGGGGCGCAGACCUCCCAGCUACCGUCCUCAGGAGCCAGAGCUCCGCAGGCCGCCCCCCAGCCCAGCCCAGCCCGAGGGAGCCCGAGGCCUGUCCGCGUGGAGGGGGGGCGUGCAGAGAGCAAGGCCGCCCGUGCCCGCCCUGGGCACCCACCUGCCCCAGCUUGCCCCUCUCAGCCCCAUCUCCCGAGGACUUUUUGCACACGCCCACCCCCUUGACCUUCCUCCCCCCGCGCCCCCCAGCCUCCCUGCCACCCCCACCGCCUCCUGGCUGCAGCCAUGGAGUUACAGAAGGGAAAGGGGGCAGCCGCCCCUGCUGCUUCAGGAGCAGCGGGAGGAGGAGGAGGAGGAGGAGGAGCCCCAGGAGGGGGGAGGCUGCUACUUUCAACCAGUUUGGAUGCCAAGGAUGAGUUAGAGGAGAGGUUGGAGAGAUGUAUGAGCAUUGUGACAGCAAUAACAACGGGUGUGUCUGAGAGAGAGGCCAACGACGCCCUCAAUGCUCACGUCUGCAAAGGACCCCCCCAACAUGAGGAGAUCUGUCUGGGUCUGUUUACUCUGGUCCUCACUGAACCUGCCCAAGCCCAGAAGUGUUACCGGGACCUGGCCCUGGUGAGUCGCGACGGCAUGAAUGUUGUUCUGAACAAAAUCAACCAGAUGCUCAUGGAGAAGUACCUGAAGAUGCAGGACACCUGCCGCACGCAGUUGGUGUGGCUGGUGCGGGAGCUGGUCAAGAGCGGUGUCCUGGGAGCGGAUGGCGUCUGCAUGACUUUCAUGAAGCAGAUUGCAGGUGGAGAUGUUACAGCCAAAAACAUCUGGUUGGCAGAAAGUGUUCUGGAUAUCCUGACGGAGCAGAGGGAGUGGGUGCUGAGGAGCAGCAUCCUCAUAGCCAUGGCUGUGUAUACCUACUUGCGACUCAUCGUGGACCACCACGGAACUGCCCAGCUCCAGGCCCUGCGGCAGAAAGAAGUGGACUUCUGUAUCUCACUGCUUCGGGAACGGUUCAUGGAAUGUUUGAUGAUUGGCCGGGACCUCGUUCGACUACUUCAGAAUGUUGCUAGGAUACCAGAAUUUGAACUGCUCUGGAAAGAUAUCAUCCAUAACCCACAGGUCUUGAGCCCUCAGUUCACAGGUAUCCUACAGCUGCUUCAGUCAAGAACAUCCCGAAAAUUCCUCGCAUGUCGCCUGACUCCAGACAUGGAGACCAAGCUCCUGUUCAUGACGUCCCGGGUACGAUUUGGUCAACAAAAGCGGUAUCAAGAUUGGUUCCAGCGGCAGUACCUGUCGACACCAGACAGUCAGUCUCUGCGCUGUGACCUCAUUCGCUACAUCUGUGGGGUGGUUCACCCUUCCAAUGAAGUGCUGAGUUCAGAUAUCCUGCCACGGUGGGCCAUUAUUGGCUGGCUCCUGACAACGUGUACGUCCAAUGUUGCUGCCUCUAAUGCCAAGCUGGCUUUGUUUUAUGACUGGCUGUUCUUUAGUCCAGACAAGGAUAGCAUUAUGAACAUAGAGCCAGCCAUCCUGGUCAUGCACCACUCCAUGAAGCCCCACCCAGCCAUCACGGCCACACUCCUGGACUUCAUGUGUCGGAUCAUUCCCAACUUCUACCCACCAUUGGAGGGCCAUGUGCGCCAGGGUGUAUUUUCUUCCCUCAACCACAUUGUGGAGAAACGAGUCUUGGCACACUUGGCUCCACUAUUUGACAACCCCAAAUUGGAUAAAGAGCUGCGGGCCAUGCUGCGAGAGAGAUUUCCCGAGUUCUGCGGCUCCCCCUCCCCGCCUGUGGAAGUCAAAAUUGAAGAGCCAGUUUCCAUGGAAAUGGACAACCACCUGUCAGACAAGGAGGAGAGUUGCUAUGACAAUGCAGAGGCCGCCUUCAGUGACGACGAGGAGGACCUCAACAGCAAAGGAAAAAAGAGAGAGUUUCGCUUCCACCCCAUCAAGGAGACAGUCGUGGAGGAGCCAGUUGAUGUCACCCCUUACCUUGACCAGCUGGAUGAGUCCCUGAGGGACAAGGUGCUGCAGCUACAGAAAGGAAGGGACACGGAGGCCCAGUGUGAAGUCAUGCAGGAAAUCGUGGACCAGGUCCUGGAGGAAGACUUUGACUCAGAGCAGCUGUCUGUCCUCGCUUCCUGCCUACAGGAGCUCUUCAAGGCCCACUUUCGAGGGGAGGUGCUGCCUGAGGAGGUCACUGAGGAGUCCCUGGAGGAGUCUGUGGGAAAGCCUCUCUACCUAAUAUUUAGGAACCUGUGCCAGAUGCAGGAGGACAACAGCAGCUUCUCCCUGCUCCUGGACCUCCUGUCUGAGCUAUAUCAGAAGCAGCCCAAGAUCGGGUACCACCUGCUCUACUACCUGCGAGCGAGCAAAGCCGCCGCAGGGAAGAUGAGCCUGUACGAGUCGUUUGCCCAGGCCACGCAGCUGGGCGACCUGCACACCUGCCUCAUGAUGGACAUGAAAGCUUGCCAAGAGGAUGACGUGCGCUUGCUGUGCCACCUCACGCCCUCCAUCUACACCGAGUUUCCAGAUGAAACCUUGAGGAGUGGGGAACUGCUGAACAUGAUUGUGGCUGUCAUCGACUCUGCCCAGCUCCAGGAGCUGGUCUGCCACGUGAUGAUGGGGAACCUGGUCAUGUUCCGGAAAGACUCGGUCCUCAACAUACUCAUCCAGAGCCUGGACUGGGAAACCUUUGAGCAGUACUGUGCCUGGCAGCUCUUCCUGGCCCACAACAUCCCCCUGGAGACCAUCAUCCCUAUCCUCCAGCACCUCAAAUAUAAGGAGCACCCCGAGGCCCUGUCCUGUCUCCUGCUGCAGCUCCGAAGAGAGAAACCCAGUGAGGAGAUGGUGAAGAUGGUGUUGAGCCGGCCCUGCCAUCCUGACGACCAGUUCACGACCAGCAUCCUGCGGCACUGGUGCAUGAAGCACGAUGAGCUGCUGGCGGAGCACAUCAAGUCGCUGCUCAUCAAGAACAACAGCCUCCCCCGCAAGCGGCAGAGUCUGAGGAGCUCCAGCAGCAAGCUGGCCCAGCUGACCCUGGAGCAGAUCCUGGAGCACCUGGAUAACCUGCGACUCAACCUGACCAACACCAAGCAGAGCUUUUUCAGCCAGACCCCAAUCCUCCAGGCCCUGCAGCAUGUCCAGGCGAGCUGUGAUGAAGCCCACAAGAUGAAGUUCAGUGACCUCUUCUCCCUGGCCGAAGAGUAUGAGGACUCUUCCUCGAAGCCACCCAAGAGCCGGCGCAAGGCCGCCCUGUCCAGCCCCCGGAGUCGGAAGAACGCCGCCCAGCCCGCCAACGCCGAGGAGGAGUCGGGCUCCAGCAGCGCCUCGGAGGAAGAAGACACGAAACCCAAACCCACCAAGCGGAAACGAAAAGGGUCCUCUGCAGUAGGUUCUGACAGUGACUGAGGCUCCUUCGCGCAGCUGCGGAGAUGCAGGGUAGAGCUCCCUCAGCCCACUGCCCGGAGAUGCCAGGGGAGGCUCCCGCGGCCGGCCUGAGAAGCUUGGCGCAGACCUGCCCCGCCCUCCUUCCCUCCCUCCCGCUGCGAUCAUGUGGAAGUCCUCGCCCCUCCCCUCCCCCAGUCUCCAAAGAGCGGCGGCGGACUGAGAAGGGACAUGACCCAAGGGCUGCUGGGCAGAGGAACCAAGAUGAGGGUGGUGCUCUCACAAUGUGGGCAUCUCUUCCCACUUCCCUGCCAGUCUGGAUUUAUUCUAGACAGCCGUUCAUAGUCCAUGAACAGUGGUCCACAUGCCAGUGUGCACUGGACAUCUAACCCGGUGUGGUCCUUGCCUCUGGGCAGAUGCCACAGCCUGCAGGAGGGAACUGGCAGGGCUGCACCAGCUCCUCAUGCUGCACCCGAAGUGUUGGCUUGGCACUUCAAGCUGGGCUAGGUCCAGGCAGUCCCAGAGGCAUGCUCCUCAGAACCUUCAGAUGGCCCAUUUCCUUGGUUCUGUUUUUUCUCCUUUUGGCAGAGAUGAUCACGUUUCAAAAUUUGUUUUUAAAUGACAAUUAAACAAGCCAGAACAUG